AUGUUCACACCACAUCCCAAACACCACCACCCAUGGUCUCACCUUCGCCAAACCCUCUUCCUCCUCCUCCUCGCAUUCUCUUCCCCCACAAUCCACGCCUCCCAACACCCCCGGGACCUCCCCACGCGAGACUGGACCCGCAGCUCCUGGACCGUCCACCACCACCAUCACCACCCAACCUGUCCCCUCCCGACAGACGCUUCUCCUUGGUCUCUACCCCCUCUUUGUCCCGAACCUGUCGGCGACGACGCAGUGGGAGAUGCCGACGGCACCUGGGCCCGGCCCGCUAGUACCGACUGCGUGUUCACCGCGCGACAUUUCCGCGGCGGUCAGGGGUUUAGCUUGAUUACCACGCCUGAGAUAGCGGCGAGUGUGGCUGGCUCUGGCGCGUUGGAUGAUGGGGAUGUGGCGGGGGUGGGUGAUAGUAAUUUGGCAUGGACGCCAGCGUAUGAGAUCCGGGAUAUACCCGGCCGCGAUAAAGGCAUGACUGCGGCGAGCGCGUUGAACGGGCAUGAGAUCAUCAUGACGGGGUUUCCGGUGCUGGUGAUUCGGAUGGAUUUUGUGAAUGGGGAGGUGUUUAGCGAGGGACAGAAGAGUAGCAUGAUGGAUGUUGGGUUGCGACGGUUAGGCGAGGAGCAGUGGGCGGCUGUGAUGGGUCUGGCGAAGAUGUCAGGGGAUGAGAAUGUGGUGUUGGAUGUGUUGCAGACGAAUGGGUUUGGGGUGGAUGUUGGGGGGGUGCCGCAUUUGGCGUUGUUUAUCGAUGGUUCGAGGGUGAACCAUGACUGCCACCCAAAUGCCUUCUGGCGGUUCAAUAGUAACAGGAUGGCAAUGGAAAUCGUUUCCCUCCGCCCAAUCCAGCCCGGGGAAGAAAUCACCCACAGUUACGCUCCGCUGGGCUACCCCCACGCCGACCGCCAAACCAUCCUCCAGCCCUGGGGAUUCACCUGCACCUGCGACCUGUGCACCGCACCAGAGGAAGUCCGCUCUCUCUCAGAUACCCGCCGCUCCCGACUCAUCGACAUCCACCACACGCUCGGCCAAGCCGCCGAUCUAGGCGAUGGCGAAUCACAGGAAAAACGCGAAAAGCGGAUUGGUGAAUUGGUCUUAGAGGCUUUCUCGCUGAUCGAGCAGGAGGAUCUGUACCCUCAGCUCGUGGAGUAUUAUGAGCGGUUUGCGAGGGCGUAUCUGAUGGUGGGGGAUGCGAAGCGUGGGCGAGCGUUUGCAGAGGAGACAGAGCGGAUGUGGCUGUUGUUUGGGGGAGGAGAGGAGCAUGAGUAUGUGGAUGGGUUGAAGGCGUUGUGGGCGGCGGUGAAGGAGGCGGAGGAGGAACAGGAUGAGGAAUGA